AUGGACGAGGCUAGUUGCAUAGAGUCGACAGAGGCCGGUCGUCUGAUGUCUAUAUAUUAUCUGGAUCUAGAAACUAUGAAGCACAUAAUGAAGAUAAAAGGCGAUGAGACGUUAGAACAGUUAUUAUGGAUAGUAUGCGAGAGUCACGAGCUAUCUGAUAUGCACCUCCGAGUCGACGAGCGGAGAUGUUUGAACGCGCUCAAUAGGAACAACUCGGCGGCGACUGUACGUUUCCCGAUGAAGGGAAAGAUUGCCACUAGACAGAUGAAACUCAACUGCAUAAUUCAAGCUGUACUCGGUUGCCUGCCUAUCCACGAGCCGUCGCUAAAUCAAGAAUCUAUAAAAAUUAUGAGAAUAGCGGACCGCAUAUGCAAAUGUUUGGUGGCUUACGUGACUCGCCCGCACCAGGUAAUAGGCAGCCCGCGGAAUUAUCAGGCAGUGUUGAACUCUAUAGUGCUAGCAAAAUGUAUUGAAUCGCACCUUUGGGAGAACUCCGUGUAUGUGAGCAAACAGCUGAAAGGCAUCGGCCCAACGUUCAGUGCUUUGCUUGCCACAGCUGGCAAAUCAAACUUUAUGCUUUUAGAGGAAAGCCACCCAAGAGAUUUGGAAAGAGUAAGUCGCAAGAAAUUCGCGUUAAUACAAUAUAUUCACGUUCGUCGUAUUAUGCCU